UCCCCUUUGCUAAACUACCACAUCAACACUAGUGGUGUCAACAUGGCGUUUAGUAGUAACGGGCAGAUGCUCUCGCCGCCCAGCCAGUCGAUAGACACACGCUCAAGAUCUUCCAGCAAAGCCGAAACUCUGGCCUUGACAGCUCUCACCGCGUCUUCGGUGGCGCCGAGCACACAGGGCAGCAUCCUCGAGGAGCCAAAAGCCGCGCUCCAGGCAUACCCAGGUACGGAAGCAGACUUCUUCGUCCAGGACAAUCCGUUCGCCUUCACACCGGGCCAUCUCAACAAGCUGCUGAAUCCGAAAUCUCUGUCGGUGUUCCGGGCACUCGGCGGCUUGAGAGGGAUCAUCCGCGGUCUGCAGACGGAUGCCACGUCGGGUCUGAGCGUCGACGAAACUUCCCCCCGAACGCGGAUCUCUUACGAUGAGGCCGUGUACGGGGUGGCCGGGGACAUGAAGGUCGAGCUCCCUCCGUCAUCUGAAGCUUUCGGCGAGCGCAUCCGCGUAUUCAAGCGUAAUAUACUGCCGCCCAAGAAGCCGACCUCGCUGUUGAGGCUCAUGUGGAACGCGUACAACGACAAGGUACUCAUCCUACUCACCGCCGCAGCGGCGGUGUCCCUCGCGCUCGGACUUUACGAGACUCUGGGUGUCAAGCACCCCCCGAGUGAGCCCAUGCCGGUCAACUGGAUCGAGGGCGUGGCCAUCUGCGCUGCUAUCGCCAUCGUCACCCUCGUCGGCUCGCUCAACGACUACCAGAAGGAAUGCGCCUUUGUCAAGCUGAACGCCAAAAAGGACGAACGUCAGGUUGCGGUCAUUCGCUCAGGGAGGAAGCAAGUCAUUGAUGUACAGGAUCUGCUGGUCGGUGAUGUCGUGAGUCUGGAGCCGGGAGACAUGAUACCAGUAGACGGCAUCUUCAUCCAAGGCAGCGAUGUCAGGUGCGAUGAGUCCUCGGCCACGGGAGAGUCAGAGGCUCUGCCCAAGACAGCGGGCGACACUGUGAUGGCUGCUAUCACCGAGGGCCGCAACACCAGCGGUUUGGAUCCCUUUAUUAUCUCUGGUGCCAAGGUUCUCCAAGGAACCGGAACCUUUGUCGCUACAUCCGUGGGAGUCAACAGCAGCUUCGGAAAGAUUAUGGUAUCGGUCCGCGUCGACAUCGAGACAACACCGCUGCAGAAGAAGCUCGAGGGCCUCGCCAUGGCUAUUGCGAAGCUCGGUAGCGGCGCUGCUUGUCUACUCUUCGCGGUUCUUCUGAUCCGCUUUCUCGCAAGCCUCUCGUCAGACGAUCGGAUCGCAACAGAGAAAGCCUCGUCUUUCUUGAAUAUCCUGAUUGUCGCCGUCACUAUCAUUGUUGUCGCUGUUCCAGAAGGUCUCCCUCUUGCCGUAACUUUGGCACUGGCCGUUGCUACUAAGAGGCUGGUCAAGGAGAAGAACCUGGUGCGAGUCUUACGGGCCUGUGAGACCAUGGGAAACGCAACGACCAUUUGCUCGGAUAAGACGGGUACACUCACAGCAAACAAGAUGACAGUAGUGGCCGGCACUUUUGGGUCGACAUGCUUCUCGAAGCCUUCAAGCGCAGAGUCAACAACCAGCCACACAUCGGUCUCUCAAUGGGCUUCUCAGCUCUCUGAGCCCGCCCGCAGACUCAUCACAUGCUCCGUUGCCUGCAAUUCUACCGCCUUUGAGAGCAAGGAAGAAGGCGACGCCUCGGCUUUUGUCGGUUCCAAGACGGAGACGGCGCUUCUUCACCUGGCGCGUGAUCACCUUGGAAUGCCUCACGUCGAGGAAGCUCGCAAUAGCAACACUAUCGUAACAAAGUGGGAUUUCGACUCCAAGAGGAAAUGCAUGGCCACAGUUGUUGCUCUUAGCAAGGACGAGGGCGGUGGUUAUCGUCUGCUCGUCAAGGGUGCUUCGGAGAUCCUCCUGAAGCACUGCAAGUACAAGGUCGACAUGGAAAGCCUAGGCCAAAGUGAACUCUCCAGGGAUGAGCGGAGGGCGCUUGAGGCGACGAUCAAUGGGUACGCCAUCCAGUCUUUGCGAACUAUCGGGCUUGUGUAUGCAAACUACAAGCAGUGGCCCCCUGUCCAUGCUUCACGUGAAGCCUUGACCCCUACUUCGCCAUCGUCAGGGACGGAGACUGAUCUUACUGUCCCGCUCGAGCCACUUUUGGCUGAUCUGACGUUCCUCGGCGUCGUGGGGAUUCGGGAUCCGGUGCGCCCUGGUGUGCCAGAGGCUGUGGCCAAAGCUAGAAGCGCCGGCGUCCAGACUCGCAUGGUUACCGGCGACAACGUCGUCACUGCCCGUGCCAUAGCUACAGAGUGCGGCAUCUACACCGAGGGUGGCAUCGUGAUGGAAGGUCCCGAGUUCAGGAAGCUCACAGAUGAAGAGCUCCGCCAGACACUCCCCAAGCUUCAGGUGCUUGCCCGUUCCUCACCUGAGGAUAAGCGCGUACUUGUUACUAAGCUUAAAGAGCUAUUUGAUGAGACUGUCGCCGUGACUGGCGACGGCACAAAUGACGCCCCUGCUCUCAAGGCCGCGGACGUCGGUUUCUCCAUGGGCCUGUCAGGCACUGAAGUCGCUAAGGAGGCUUCUGCGAUUAUCCUUAUGGACGAUAACUUUACCUCGAUUAUCACGGCGCUGAAAUGGGGACGGGCAGUGAACGACGCGGUACAGAAGUUUCUCCAGUUCCAGAUCACAGUCAAUAUCACCGCUGUCCUUAUCGCAUUCAUCACAUCCGUUUCCAACGACAAGAUGGAAUCGGUUCUCAAGGCUGUCCAGCUUCUCUGGAUUAACCUCAUCAUGGACACAUUCGCGGCCCUGGCUUUGGCCACAGAUCCACCCACAGAUCGGAUCCUAGACCGUCAACCGCAGGGAAAGAAGAGUCCUCUCAUCACAAUAAAUAUGUGGAAGAUGAUUACAGCGCAAACGAUCUUCCAGCUAGUUGUGUCACUUGUUCUUUACUUUGCUGGCCCUGAGAUCCUUGGCUACGACCGCGCAGAUGAGGACCAGAUGCUCGAGCUUAACACCAUCAUCUUCAACACCUUCGUCUGGAUGCAGAUCUUCAAUGAGUUCAACAACAGGCGCUUGGAUAACAGGCUCAACAUCUUUGAGGGUAUCCACCGAAACCAUUUUUUUGUCGGCAUCACGAUUUUGAUGGUUGGUCUGCAAGUGGCCAUCAUCUACGUCGGUUCCCGCGCCUUCUCCAUCAAGGAGGGUGGCAUCGACGACACGCAAUGGGCCAUCUCGGUUGUCACGGCUUUCUUAUGCGUUCCUUAUGCGGUUCUAGUCCGUCUUUUCCCGGAUGAGUGGUUCAGCAAGAUCGCGAUCACGGUGGGUGCGCCGUUCGCUGUGAUGUACAGAGCACUUGGACGGGGCUGGCGCGCCAUGACAGGAUGCUGGAGGAAGCCUGGGCCUCGAGAUGAUAGCGAGGCUGCGUCGUCGCCGUCCCAUGCUGCUAGGGAUGAGGAAUCGUCUCCGACGUAUACCGAAAGGAAGAGCCCCAUGGAGGUUGGGGAAUCUAAGGAGGCAACUGUCUACAAAGUGCAGACUAAUCUUCCGAUCGUUGUGCACACAGAUAGCUCGUAG